CAGAGAGAGAUCUGCUGGACCAAACUUGUGCAGAGAAGCUGGGAGCCCGGACACUGCACCGGCUAUAGAGAGAGGGACACCCGGGACCUUCUCCCCUUUUGGCUACUGAAUCAGCACAGGAUAUGUCUGUCCCCACUACCUGCCUGCUAGCCAGGAUGCUGUGCCUUUCCCUUCUCAUCCUCAGCAUAUCCCAUGUCACGGUUAGAGGUUCAGAGUGGACCUACGCAGGUCACCAUGGACAGGAGAACUGGCCAGUCACGUACCCUGACUGUGGAGGGACUGCCCAAUCACCAAUCAAUAUCCAGACUAGCAAUAUAUCUUAUGACGAGUCCUUGCCACCCAUAGAACCAGAAGGAUACAACACUCCUGGGAACCAGCCUUUUACUCUGACCAACAACGGCCAUUCAGUUGAACUCUCUCUGCCCUCCUCCAUGACACUCCGGGGGCUCCCUAACACAUUCAAGGCUGCUCAGCUCCAUCUGCACUGGGGCAGCCCUGCUAAGCAGGCAGGGUCCGAGCAUCGGCUGGACGGGGAGGAGUUCCCUGCAGAGCUGCAUAUCGUUCAUUACAAUUCUGACAAGUACGCAGAUAUCAGUGAAGCCAAGAACAAGCCGGACGGACUGGCGGUGCUGGGAGUCUUUUUUGAGAUAGGAGCGACGGAUAAUCCAGCCUAUGCCAAUAUACUGCACCAUCUGGAUAAUAUCAGAUAUAAAGAUCAGACUGUAUCUGUUCCGUCAUUUAACGUGCGCCAUCUGCUCCCUGAGAAUCUAGAAGAGUAUUUUCGGUACCAGGGGUCUCUGACCACCCCUCCAUGCUUCCAGAGUGUGCUGUGGACCGUCUUCUACCACCCAGUGGAAAUUUCCAGAUCUCAGCUGGAGAAACUGCAGACAACCCUCUACUCUACGACAGCGACAGAAGUCCCCCCAGAGGUGCUGGGGAACAAUGUCCGGGAAGCGCAGCUCCUUAACAGCAGGACCGUGUAUUCUUCCUUCCACAUACAUUCAACCUUUGCUACAGGUACUGUGGGGAACAUCCUAGCGAUCAUCUUCGGAAUAUUCCUGGGAGUUGUUGCCAUUGGCUUCGUUAUCUAUUGUAUCUACAAACAGACCAGGAAAGUUACGUCAGGGGCACCACACGAUAAAGCUUCAAUGUCUCCGACAGUCCCCACGGAGGUGAGGAGCGUCUAGCCUAGAUAACUCAAGAUGGCGGCCGGCAAGCUAAGAAUGUACGUCAGAAUGAAUCGGUCACUGUGAAAGGACUUCCGUGCCUGACCGGGCUGCCAACAUAGACUGGCCUUCAUGUCAAGGCUCUAUAAAUGAAGAUGGACCUUCUUGCUUCUGGCCUUCAUGUCAAGGCUCUAUCAAUGACGAUGGACCUUCCUGCUCUUGCCAUAGACUCUCACGGUUCUACAGCUACUCAGGUCAUCAGCACUGGUUCUCACGUCAUCCUGUGAAAUCUGCUUAUUAACUUUGUGUUUUGGAAGAUGGUGCCUAUCUCAGCACCCAUUAGGUGCCCCCUGUUCCUAUUUGGAAACCAGAAGAGGGUUGUAAUGAAGGAACCUGGACAAGGAGAUCAGAAUGGACAGUGAACCCUAUUGAGAUGUAUACAAAGCAGGAUGAGACUGGGGGUGAAGAGGAAGAAAUAACUACCACCUUAUUAUUGCUGCCAUACUGAUUAUCUGCCACAUUUUGCUGUAUAACUUGGUACGUGCCACAUAUCCCUCAACUGCUGCUCAGACUAUUUCACCGCCUUCCAUGUUGUAACCGGCUGGAACAUAUCAAUCGUUAUUAUUUAAUCAAUGGCCUUUUAUGUUAAAGGGGCAAUGUAUCCAAUUAAUAGGUAGAUUCCAUCUUCCAUACGUUUUCUCUUAAAUAGUCAUGUUUAUUGGAAGGAUGGCCUUACCCUCUGUGCCUAGAUGGUAUAACCAUUACUGUACUACAUGGUAAGCUUAGCCUUUCACUCCAGGGGGCCCAGGGUAUCAGACUUCUGCCUAUCCCAGGGAUCCCCAACCUUUCUUACUCGUGAGCCACAGUAAAAUGUAAAAAGACUUGGGGAGCAACACAAGCACCAUAAAAGUUCAUGGAGGAGCCAAAUAAGGGCUGUGAUUGGCUAUUAGGGGCCUCUAUGCACCCUAUCAGCUUACAGGGGCUUUAUUUGGUAGGAAAUCUUGUUUUUAUUCAACCAAAACUUGCCCCCAAGUCAGGAAUUCAAAAAUAACUCCCUGGUUUGGGGGCACUGAGAGCAACACCCAAGGGGUUGGGGAGCAACAUGUUGCCCUGAGCCACUGGUUGGGGAUCACGGGCCUAUCCAGUUAGUGGAAAGUUUCACUCAGCCCCCGAUCCAUAAUAGUCAAGCUAAUCACCCUUCCAUUCCUGCCAUUUUUAUUGCCCACAAAUUGGACCUUAACCUCAGUCUGGGCCCGUUCCUGCCAAGGGGAGUCUGUACCUUAAUGUGUGCCGGAACAUUCCUUCUCUGGAUAUCACAGUUGCACGACCCGUUCCUCUGCUGUUAAUUUGCCUUUAUGCAGGAAGCUGCCAUGUUGCUUCUCUAGUCCUCCUCCAUUGAUGCCAAUGCAAAGGCACCAACGUUCAUAAUACAUGCCGUUAUAGAGAAAGCCUCUGAUUGGACGGCUGCCACUCGUAUAUAAAUACAGAGAGGGAAUGAAUGUUCAGUGCAGAAUGUCUGUUUAGGGCAAAAUAAACCUUAAUAAGGAUCAGGGUGUAGCUCCCCUGCUAAGUGCCUUUGAGCCACAUAAUAAGGCUCUUGUUGCCCCACACACCCACCAUGUUGCCUUUAGUGAUAUCUAGAUUAUUAUUAUAGAUUUAGUGCUGCUAUGUUGCCAUAGCAACAACCUGCCUUGCAUUCCCUCUACCUCUGUAGCUACUAGUAGUAAUGUUUCUUAUUACAUGCUGUGAAAUGGAACUAAAGUCCUGAAGGGGGGGAAUGGUACCCUCUGACCCUUUAAAGGGAUCCUAUAGCUAAAUUAAUGAACAGGAGCUGCCAUAUUGCUUAGGAAAUCUGUAGAUCAUAACUCCCCAUAGACUGUCCUUUGCUAGUGCUAAACUAUACCAGCUGAUCUGCUAAUAAAUAUAAAUGUUAAUUAAUACAGUGUUUAUAUAGCGACUUUAAUCCCUUGCAAGCUUAAUGCAGAUUAUGGUUUAGCUAUAAAUUCCCUUUAGUUAAGGGUAUUAUUCCCCAUAGGACAGCUGAGAUACAGCCUUGAUAACAAAUAUUUAUAAUGUAAUUUGCUGCUGUUAAUCUGCAACUCCCAGCCCCUUUAUUCUCAAUGUAUGCUGGAGUUGCAGUGUAACUGCUGCAGUAGGGUCCCAGGCCUGUGUGUAUUGGAAGGUAUUUUUAUAUUCCUCAAUGCUGUGAUUGAUAAGAGCUGCACCACCCUUGAUAUUUUGUAGACCUCUCAAUAAAUAUAAAAAGCACCAAAUGCCAAAUGGAA